AUGAACGCUGUCACGGAGGAGGUGUGUCCCGAGAAGAAAGAUGUCUUUAAUGCCGUGAGUCUAUCAGCGAGUACAAUCACCAGACGCAUUGAAGAAAUCGGGGCUCUGGAUGAGAGCACAGACGUGCAGGACACCGCGCAGCUGCUCAUUUUUAUUCGUGGAAUUAGUGCAAACUUUGAGAUGUGCGAGGAGCUGGCAGCCCUCCAAAGUCUGAAAGGGACUACGACGGGGGAGGAUAUUUUCGGCAAAGUGUACCAAACCAUGGAAGAGUUGGACCUGGACUGGUCAAAGCUGGCCAGCAUCACAACUGAUGGGGCUUCUAGUAUGCAAGCACUGUGCUGCAAAGUGUUGACGUGGGAUUCUGUCAUGAAGGUUGUGGUGUCAUGCAUAAACUUCAUCAGAGCAAAGGGACUUAAACACAGGCAGUUCCAAGAAUUCCUGUCUGAACCGGAAUCUGCGCACAGAGAUGUGCUGUACUACACAGAGGUCCGAUGGUUGAGCCGGGGCAGAGUUUUGAGGCGUUUUUACGAGCUGCUACUUGAAAUUAACGCAUUUCUUCAUUCACAAAACAAAACGGUGCCAGAGCUGAUUGACCCAGAAUGGAAAUGGCACCUCGCAUUUUUAACAGACAUGACAGAAAUGCUGAACAGCUUUAACUUGCAACUACAAGGCCAGGGGAAACUCAUUUGCGACAUUUAUUCCCACACAAAAGCAUUUGAGGUGAAACUAGAGCUGCUUUUGGGACAAGUGAAAAAGCACAGCUUCAUCCAUCUCCCUGCUACACAAAACCUCUCUGCAGAGAACCCAGCGGUCUCGUUUCCAGCUGAAAAGUGUGUGGAAGCACUGGAAAUGCUGAAGGCGGAGUUCGGUGUGCGAUUCCGUGAACUACAUGUUUAUGCAAAAGAAAUCCAUCUUUUCCAGAACCCAUUUGUUGCUGACAUUGAUGAAGCCCAGCCUUCUUAUCAGUUUGAGUUGGCCGAGUUACAGGACUGUGAUGUUCUGAAAGACGCAUUCAAGCCCAACAGUCUCAUUGACUUCUAUGCCGCCCUCCCAAACGACACGUACCCUAACAUCAGAAAACACGCAAUGAAGAUGUCAACACUUUUUGGCAGCACGUAUAUCUGCGAGCAAACCUUUUCACGCAUGAAACUGCUGAAAACUCCAAUGAGAUCAAGACUGACAGAUGAACAUCUGCAUCAGUGUUUGAGACUGGCAGUGACUAAAAUGGAACCUGACAUUCAACUUCUCACCAGCCAGAUGCAGGCCCACAGUUCACACUGA